CCUCUCCUAGUGCGCACCAGCCCUCGAUUAACGCGCGACGCUCACUGAGACACAUCUACAGUAACCGAGAAGGAGUAAAAAAUAAAUAAAAGAAAGGAUAUUAAUCUAGUUUUUUUGUUUUUACGUUUUUAUUUUCUUUUGCAAAUUGGGAAAAAGACAACUUAUACCUCAUUCAGUCAGUGUGAUGGACAAUGGAUGCAGAGUAGUGUUAUCUGACACUUUAAAGGCUCGAAUUCCUUUAAAUUUUUUCCUAAUAUUAUACGGCAUCAACUUACGCUGCGAACAUUAAAUCAGAAUCAUGGCUGACUACGUGAGAAAUGAGACAUCCAUCAACCCCGAGUGCGUCGUAGCGCAGGUCGACGCGUUGAAGAACGGAGCGGGUAACGGGAGCUUGGAGGCAACAAACAUCGCCUGCGGCAACGCGUCCACACUCCUCAUACCUCAGCGUGCGAGGCAGAGAGAUGAAGACCACACACUUCGGAUCCUGCUCUAUUCGCUGAUCUUCUUCCUGAGUGUAUUCGGAAACCUGCUGAUCAUUGUUGUUCUAACGGUCAACAAGCGCAUGCGCACCGUGACCAACACCUUCUUGCUGUCUCUUGCCGUCAGUGACCUGAUGAUGGCCAUCUUCUGCAUGCCGUUCAACCUCAUCCCCAGCAUUCUUAAGGACUUUAUCUUUGGAGCUGCCAUGUGCAAGAUAGUCACCUACCUCAUGGGCAUAUCCGUGAGCAUCUCCACUUUUAGCCUGGUUGCCAUAGCAAUUGAGCGCUAUAGCGCCAUCUGUAACCCCCUGAAGUCACGGGUAUGGCAGACCCGUUCGCACGCCUAUCGGGUGAUUGCUGCCACGUGGGUGCUGGCCUUGAUCAUUAUGAUCCCCUAUCCGAUCAUCAGUCACCUGGAGUCGUUUCCGCGCCGUGACAACACUACAGCACACCGGUGUCGCCACAAGUGGCCUGUCGCAACUGCGGAGCAGACCUGGUACAUUCUGCUGUUGCUUGUACUGUUCGCCAUUCCAGGCGUGAUGAUGAUUGUGGCCUACGGUUUGAUCUCGAGAGAACUUUAUCGAGGCAUCCAGUUUGAAAUGGGCCAUAAAAAAGAUUCUUCAGAUGUAAAUGGCCUGACAUCUACUGUGUCUGCUGGCAGUGAUGAUGGAGACGGUUGCUAUGUGACUGCAGUCCAGCGGCCGCAUACGAUGGAGAUGUCUGCCAUGGCUGCAUCAGGCAGGGCGAUCAAGGCAGAGAGGCCACGCAGCAACACAUCGGAAGCCAAGCUAGAGGCCAAAAAACGAGUUAUUCGCAUGUUGGUGGUGAUUGUUGUCCUGUUCUUUGUGUGUUGGAUGCCACUGUACUGUGUCAACACCUGGCGGGCUUUUGAUGAAAGCUCUGCCACACAGACGCUCUCAGGGGCCCCCAUCGCUUUUAUCCAUUUGUUGUGCUACACCUCCGCCUGCGUCAACCCGAUUAUUUACUGCUUCAUGAACACACGCUUCCGCAAAGCUCUGCUCGCCACGUUCUCAUGUUGCAUCGCGCCUUGCCAUCGGCGUCGUCAUCGUGGGCUUCGGGACAAUGAGGAGGACGCUAUGGCAACAGGUGCGUCCAUGUCCAAGUUUAGUUACACUACUGUCAGCACUAUGGGAACCUGUUGAGGGAAAUGGAUUCACAGCAAUUCAAAAAAGACAGCUACAGAGGCAACACGAGACCCAACAUCCCCCCAGCUUUUUGUUUUUAACACGUGCUCAUAGGGACAUUCAUGUGAAGUGAAAAAAUAUGCCAUGUGAUGUAGCAGUAUAGAAGCUUCAUUUAUGACUGUGAAUAAAAUUAUAUAUCGAUUAUCUUAAGAAACCCAGUCUUAAGUGUAAAUACCUCCAUGGCUUUUAUGAAAAAGCACAACACCAGAGUAUACAGUUAUCUGUUGUAGACAGAAGCAAAUUGUUUGCUUAGAUAUUUGCGGUGUGGAUGUUAUUGGUUGGCUACAUGAUAUGUGAGACAGUCUUUAUAACUAAAUAGUAAUUAUGUAGCUAUAACAACAAACCUAUGAUUUGCUAUGUAACUUGUGUUUGAUGUUUUGCAGUCAGUUACUGGUUGUCUGUGUUAAUGCAGAUAAUACAUUUGCCUUGUGGACAAAGUGCCUGC